UGGCAGAGGUUAACUGUCAUCCAUGAAAGCUAGAAACUUUACUAAUUAAAUAAAAUGGUUAAGAGAAUUAAAAUAUCAAGACAUCGUUCGACGCUGUUCAUCGAAAAAUCAGAGCAUUUAUAUUUUCGUAUUACUGGAACGUUUUAGCAAAAAUGCUUCUGCACAUCGUUAUUCCUUUAAUCAGCCGUCACUGGCCGUUAUUUCUUCAACAACUCUGCCGAAAAUCUAUAUUUAUGAAUUUUCAUUUGAGUCAGUACAAUAUAUUAAUUUAUUUAGAGGAGAAACCAAAUGAAGAAGCACCAAAUAUUUCUUCAGAACAAGAGAAGGUAGAAGACUCUGAGAUGGAAAGAAUUCAAAAAUAUCUAGCACAAAAAUUGAGGUUGUUUGAUUCAUCAGAAAAAGUUCUUCGUGAACCUAGCAUAACUGGUAUAAUAGAUUAUAUAAAAGAAAAUGAAAAUUGUAAAAUUAUUACUAUGGCUGGAGCUGGUAUCUCCACAUCUGCAGGAAUUCCUGAUUUUAGAUCACCAUCAAGUGGUCUGUAUCACAAUUUAGCAAAAUAUAAUCUGCCUCAUCCUCAAGCUAUUUUUGAGUUAGAUUUCUUUAUGGAGAAUCCAGAGCCAUUUUUUAUGCUUGCAAAGGAACUUUUACCUGAAGGUUUUAAACCAACACCAAGCCAUUAUUUCAUUCGUCUUUUAUGGGAGAAGGGGUUACUGUUGAGACAUUACACUCAAAAUAUUGAUACAUUAGAAAGAAUGGCUGGUUUACCUCCUGAAAAAUUAGUGGAAGCUCAUGGUACAUUUCAUACUGGUAGAUGCCUUAAAUGUAGAGCUCCAUAUACUCUUCCAUGGAUGAAAGAGAAAAUUAUUGAAGGUGUAAUACCAAAAUGUGAAGAAUGUAACGAGGGUGUAGUAAAACCAGAUAUAGUGCUUUUCGGGGAAAUGUUACCCGAACGUUUUCAUUACCUUACCGAUCGAGAUUUCGCGCAAGCAGAUCUUUUAAUAAUUAUGGGAUCAAGUUUGGUUGUCCAACCUUUUGCAUCUUUGGUAGACAGGGUACGUUCGGAUUGUCCGCGUUUACUCAUCAAUAAAGAAAAAGUGGGCAUGCAAGACCGUUUAUCACGAUUCUUAGGACUGCGGCAAGGUUUAAUUUUCGACGAACGAAGUGGUCGCGACGUCGCUUGGAUAGGUGCCUGUGAUGCUGGUUGCCAAUUAUUAGCCGAUGAAUUGGGUUGGGGCGACGAACUGAAAGAUCUUAUAAAAAAAGAACACGAACGUUUAGACGCGGAAAAUACUAAGAAGAAUUGA